AUGCGCUCUCUCACGCGCACUUUUACGCACACUCUCACGCGCUCUCUCACGCAAGUUCUCACGCGCUCUCUCCUGCGCUCUCUGACGCACUCUCGCACACGCUCUCUCACGCUCUCUAACGCACUCUCUCACGCGCUCCCUCACACGCUCCCUCACGCGCACUCUCUCGCACAUUCUCUCUCUCUCUCUCUCACGCGCUCUCUCCCGCGCUCUCUCGCGCGCUCUCUUGCGCGCUCUCUCACUCGCUCUCUCGCUCGCACUCUCACUCGCCCUCUCAUGUGCUCUCUCUCGCGCACUCUCUUGUGCAUUCUCUCUCUCACGCGCUCUCUCAUGCACACUCUCUCGCACACUCUCACGCGCUCUCUCACGCGCUCUUUGAUGCAAUCUCUUGCGCGGUCCUUCACGCGCUCUCUCACGCGCUCUCUCACGCUCUCUCUCACGCACUCUCUCACGCGCUCUUUGACACGCGCUCUCUCACGUGCUCUCUCACGUACUCUCUCACGCACUCUCUCACGCGCUCUCUCACGCGCUCUCUCACGAGCUCUCACGCACUCCCUCACGUGCUCUCUCUUGCGCACUCUCUUGCGCAUUCCCUCAGUCACACGCUCUUUCUCGCGCACUCCCACGCGCUCUCUUACGCGCUCCCUCACACGCUCUCUCACGCGCUCUCUCACGCGCACUCUCACGCGCACUCGCACUCUCACGCGCUCCCUCACGCACUCUCUCACGUGCUCUUUGAUGCAAUCUCUUACGCGGUCCUUCACGCGCUCUCUCACGCGCUCUCUCAUGCACUCUCUCACGCACUCUCUCACGCGCUCUCUGACACGUGCUCUCUCACGUGCUAUCUCACGCGCUCUCUCACCCGCUCUCUCACGCGCACUCUCACGCGCACUCGCUCUCUCACGCGCUCCCUCACGCGCUCUCUCACACACUCUCUCACGCGCUCCCUCACGCGCUCUCCCACGCGCUCGCGCUCUCUCGCUCGCACUCUCACGCGCACUCUCACGCACACUCUCACGAGCACUUUCACACGCACUCUCACGCACUCUCACACGCUCCCUCCCGCGCUCUCUCACGCACUCUCUCACGCUCUAUCUCACACAAUCUCUCAUGCGCUCUCUCACGCUCUCACGCAUUCCGUCGCACUCCCUCUCGCACUCUCUCUUGCGCAUUCUCUCUCUCACGCGCUCUCUCAUGCACACUCUCUCGCACACUCUCACGCGCUCUCUCACGUGCUCUUUGAUGCAAUCUCUUACGCGGUCCUUCACGCGCUCUCUCACGCGCUCUCUCACGCACUCUCUCACGCACUCUCUCACGCGCUCUCUGACACUGCUCUCUCACACGCUCUCUCACGCGCUCUCUCACGCGCUCUCUCACGCGCACUCUCACGCGCACUUGUCUCUCACACGCUCCCUCACGCGCUCUCUCACGCACUCUCUCACGCGCUCACUCACGCGCUCUCUCACGUGCACUCUCACGCGCUCUCUCACGCGCUCGCGCUCUCUCACUCGCACUCUCACGCGCACUCUUACGCACACUCUCACGCGCACUUUCACACGCACUGUCACGCGCUCUCACACGCUCCCUCACGCGCUCUCUCACGCACUCUCGCACGCGCUCCCUCACGCGCUCUCUCACAUGCACUCUCACGCGCUCUCUCACGCGCUCGCGCUCUCUCACUCGCACUCUCACGCGCACUCUCACGCACACUCUCACGCGCACUUUCACACGCACUCUCACGCGCUCUCACACACUCCCUCACGCGCUCUCUCACGCACUCUCUCACGCUCUAUCUCACACACUCUCUCACGCGCUCUCUCACGUGCUCCCUCACGCACUCUCUCACGCGCUCUCACAUGCGCACUCUCACGCGCUCUCUCACAUGCUCUCUCACGCAAUCUCUCAUGCGCUCUCUCACGGGCUCUCACGCAUUCCCUCUUUGAUGCAAUCUCUUACGCAGUCCUUCACACGCUCUCUCACGUGCUCUCUCACGCACUCUCUCACGCGCUCUCUCAUGCGCUCUCUGACACGUGCUCUCUCACGCGCUCUCUCACGCGCUCUCUCACGCGCACUCUCACGCGCACUCUCACGCGCACUCGCUCUCUCACACGCUCCCUCACGCGCUCUCUCACGCACUCUCUCACGGGCUCCCUCGCGCGCUCUUUGACGCGCACUCUCACGCGCUCUCUCACGCGCUCACGCUCUCUCACUCGCUCUCUCACGCGCACACUCAUGCACACUCUCACGCGCACUUUCACACGCACUCUCACGCGCUCUCACACGCUCCCUCACGCACUCUCUUACGCACUCUCUCACGCUCUAUCUCACGCACUCUCUCACACGCUCUCACAUGUGCACUCUCACGCGCUCUCUCACAUGCUCUCUCACACAAUCUCUUAUGCGCUCUCUCACGGGCUCUCACGCAUUCCGUCGCACUCCCUCUCGCGCACUCUCUUGCGCAUUCUCUCUCUCACGCGCUCUCUCAUGCACACUCUCUCGCACACUCUCACGCGCUCUCUCACGCGCUCUUUGAUGCAAUCUCUCACGCGGUCCUUCACGUACUCUCUCACGCACUCUCUCACGCGCUCUCUCACGCGCUCUUUCACGGGCUCUCAUGCACUCCCUCACGUGCUCUCUCUCGCGCACUCUCUUGCGCAUUCCCUCUGUCACGCGCUCUUUCUUGUGCACUCCCAUGCGCUCUCUCACGCGCUCUCCCACGCGCUCUCUUAUGCGCACUCUGACGCACUCCCUCACGCGCUCUCUCACGCGCUCUCUCACGCGCUAUCUCACGUGCUCUCUCAUGCGCACUCUCACGCGCACUCGCUCUCUCACGCGCUCCCUCACGCGCUCUCUCACGCGCUCCCUCACGCGCUCUCUUACGCGCACUCUCACGUGCUCUCUCACGCGCUCUCUCACGCGCUCGCGCUCUCUCACUUGCACUCACACGCGCACUCUCACGCGCACUCUCACGCGCACUCUCACACGCACUCUCACGCGCUCUCGCACGCUCCCUCACGCGCUCUCUCACGCACUCUCUCACUUGCGCCCUCACGCGCUCUCUCACGCACUCUCUCACGCGCUCUCUCACGCACUCUCUCACGCGCUCUCGCACGCGCUCUUGCAUGCGCACUCUCACGCGUUCCCGUGCACACGCUCCCCCUCGCGCUCCUCUUCUUUAAAUAG